AAAUGUUAGUUUGCCUACAGUUUUCGCAUAAGUUUAAGACAUGGCUAACGUAGUUGCAAAAGACAAGUAUAGAUCAAUUUUGCAUGAUGAAGCUGAGAACAUCAAGUGGAGACAUGGUGGCCCUCCCACCUAUGGUCUUGUCAACCAACUUUUUGAAGAAGGAAGAACCAAAGAAUGGCCAGAGGGAUCAUUGGAGGAGAUAGUGCAAAAUGCUAUUAAGUCUUGGGAGAUGGAGCUCACACACAAGAUCCGUUUGCAAGACUUCAAAACUAUUGUGCCUGAAAAAUUCAAGUUCUUUGUUAAUGGUAGGGAGGGAUUAACUGCAGAAGAAACUCUAAGCUUAGGAAGUUAUAAUGCAUUAUUGAAAAGUUCUCUUCCAGAUAAUUUCAAGCCAUACAAGGCAAAUGAAGAGACUUUUGAAUCAUCUCAUGAAGCAUUCAAAUCGGCUUUUCCAAGAGGAUUUGCAUGGGAAGUGAUUAAAGUUUUCACAGGACCACCUGAAAUUGCUUUCAAGUUUAGGCAUUGGGGAUUCUUUGAAGGUCCUUUCAAGGGACAUGCACCUACCGGAAAGAUAGUCCAAUUCUCUGGUUUGGGAACUCUCAAGGUGGAUGACUCUUUGAAGGUUGAAGAAGUUGAGAUUUACUAUGAUCCAGGAGAGUUGUUUGGAGGCCUUCUAUCAAAUGGAGAUAGCACCAAAUCUUCAGCAUGUCCUUUCUCUAAUUAAUCAUCAUAUUAUUUACAAUAAAUUAAGUUACUACAUGUGAAUAAAAAUCUUUGAUCUAGAGAGAUUUUUUUCUAAAAAAAAAGUACUUAUUUCUGUUUUGUGAUAAUUAAACUAUGGAAACAUAAUGUCAUGUGCUAUGUUUCAUUCCUGCCUCAUGCAUCGUGUGUUUAAUUAAUUAAUUUAUUUAUUUGGCUCAAGCAUUGUCUCAUUAGUUAGUUACGCCUUCAGCUUUGGAUUUUUUUUUUCUGUAAUGAAUUCAGCAGUUUUUUAUAAAUAAGUUCGUUGUAUAAUUUAUCUUUCUUUUAUAAAUAGUUGUAAAAUACUCCCUCUCUCUCAAUAUAA